CUUAUAUACACAUUAUAUAUUAUUAUGAAAUAUCAAUAUAUUAUUAUAUUUAACAUUAUACUAAACAAAUAUACAAAUAAACAUACAUAAACAUAAUAUAUACAUUUCACUGUCUCGAGCGCACCGCGUCAGUACACGAGAGCCUAUCGGUGAGAGUGGACGCGCCUUAGUGUAUAGUGCGUGCCGAGCCUGUGUAACACUACACAAAAGUAAAUAUUACAAGUGGCGACGAGAAAAUAGGUAACGCCCCAUAAAAAAAAAUAACACUAAAAAAAACAAUUUAAUAAAUAUAAAGUAAAGAAAUUAAAAUGACAAGUAUACCAAUACCAGCUUUAGAAAAGUUUGAUCUUGAAGGUGAAAUCACAUCCUUAGCUACCAAGUGGGCUAAAUGGAAGAGAUCUUUCUUAAUAUACCUGGACGCAGCCGAGAUUACAUCGGCAUCAAAAAAAAGGGCUACGCUAUUACACUUUGGAGGAUCGGGAGUACAAGAAAUUUUCUACAAUUUACCAGGAGCCAACAUCGAAUCAUCAGGAACCGUUGAUGUAUUUGAAGUGGCAAUACAGAAACUGGACGAAUACUUUCAACCAAAACAGAGUAAAGUUUAUGAACGACAUGUCUUUCGGUUAUUAAAGCAGGAAGAAGGAGAAAAAUUUGAGAAAUUUUUAGUAAGAUUGCGCCAGCAGGCCGGAAAAUGUGCAUUCGAUAAACAAGACGAUCACAUCAUAGAUCAAAUUACAGAGAAAUGCAUUCAACAAAAUUACGAAAGAAAAUUUUGACUUUAGGAGACGGUGUCACCCUUGACCAAAUCAUAACGGAAGCAAACACUCUUGAAGUGGUGACCCAACAAUUAGAAGACUACAGUAAUAAGAACAAAAAUUUAGAUAUUAAUUUAAUUACUAAAGGAAAUAAACAAUAUAACAGAGGUAAAGACUAUCAAAAUCAGUCGCAUCAUAAAAAAAGAGCACAUUGUGGUAGAUGUGGAAGUAAUGAUCACUUUUCAAGUAAUGUAAAUUGCCCAGCCCAAGGAAAGAAAUGUCAUUCUUGUGGCAAAAUUGGACAUUUUCGCUUAUACUGCAGGUCCCCAAGGAAUACAGAACCGCAGAAAAGGAAAAUCGAUGAAUUUCGAAAAAGAGAAACAAAUCAAAAUAAUCAGAAAAGGACGAAACUGGAUAAAGAAAGAGAUGUAGAUCUAAUAGAAACUGAAGAAAUAGACUAUGUUUUUCAGGUGGAUAAUGAUACCACUAUAAAAUGUACAGUUGGUGGCGUAACAAUUGAUAUGUUAAUUGAUUCCGGAUGUAAAUUGAACCUUAUCACGGAGAAAACAUGGAAGGAAUUAAAAAGCAAACGGGUACAUGUUUGUAAUCAAGUCAAAAGACCUAAGAAGACUUUGUUAGCGUAUGGUAGUAACACUCCAUUGGUCGUAGAAGGUUCAUUCGAAACUACAAUCGAGGUUAAUGGUCGGAAGGAAUUUGCCACUAUAUAUGUAAUUUCAGGAGGUACCAGAGACCUAUUAGGCAAAGACACAGCUGUUUGUUUAGGUGUUUUGAAGCUGGGCAUUGGGAUAAAUCAAAUACAAAUAACCCCAUUUCCAAAAUUCAAAGGCAUAUUACUAGAGAUCCCUAUUGACAAUUCUAUAAAGCCUGUAUCCCAACCGUAUCGCAGAGUACCGAUACCCAUUGGAAGAAAAGGUUGA